CAAUUUAGUAUUUCCUUAUUCACACUGAACAUGCAACGUUACAUCGCAGCUAUACAAGAAGCUAAAGUGCUUUGAAAGGACCAAGACAUAGAAUCUCAUUCUCCAAGCCAUGUCAAGUCCUGCUUUCCUGCUGUCACUUCUUAUACUUCCGGUUACAUGCGAAGGUCAAAUAAUGAACAUUACCCUGACGGGAUCGGCCUUAUCGGCUGUAACUGGGCAUCCAUUCACCUUCACCUGUGACACGGGAUCAGUCUCGUACAGGUUUCGAGGGAUUACCUGGACUCGACAGUUGAAAACUGGAACGCAGGAAUACGAUUUGAUAUGUAACACUUUCAAUGGAGACGAACUGAGCUGUAUGUCUGCCAUCUAUAACUGUACUUGUUCGACAAAUGGCCGUCGCACUCUGACAAUUCCCAACGUUGACUUUGACACGUAUCAGAACUCGAACUGGACCUGUGAAUUCCUACGUUAUAGAAGCAACAGUGUAUCUCUUGAUGUCAAUGUUCCCCUGAAGAGAAUCACACUUUUCAAUUCAACACAACGGGUAAAGCGAGUCACAGAAGGCGAAAGGGUCACUUUGGUGUGUGAGACAAACCCGACAAAACCACCAUCUACAAUAACAUGGAUGAUUGGAGAGGAUGUCGUCACAGGUGGUGUGACUUCAAGGUCACGCGAUAGCGAAGGUCUUACUACCACCGUUAGUAAUCUCGCAAGAACGGUAACUCCAGGAAUUCACAUGAAGGAAAUACGAUGUGACGGAAGCUACAAUGAAAUGAAUUUGAAGUUCACAUCGAAAGUGAUACAACUUGCUGUGGAGGGCACGGAUAGUUCAAUAAGGAAUCCUGUUGUCGUCACAGAGACGGACGUUCGAGGGCUGACGUUCGGCGCUGGCGUUGGCGUCGGGAUGACUGUAUGCCUCGUCCCCCUCCUUGUAGCGGUAGCUAUUUUCACCGCAUACAGAAGACGGCAAACAGUCACGGCUGCAGAAAACAGACAGACGACCGAAGCGACGAUGAAUACAACAGACACAGCAGUGCUAUCCUCUGGUGCUCAACAACAUACCCUCUAUGAGGGCAUUGAUGACUCGACGAGGGAACGCAAUGGUAAUACCAGCUAUGAGGAACUUCGAAUCUACCAAAACACCAGUCAGAGAGUUGUAUGAGAAAGUCAUGUGCUUGACGAUGUCCUGUUCAACAGCAACUCCUGUCAAAAACUUUAAGUGGAACCCUUCUAUGAUCUUGACCGUUAUAUGCUUCUCUCGAGGGUAAUAAGCUCUGAUGUACGCCUCUUUGUAGCAGUGUCAUCCUUCGCCUACCGGCUUGGUUGACACUGCUACAAAAGUGAGGUGGGGUGAAAUUGGGUUUAACGUCGUGCUGGAGAAUAUUUCGCUCAUAUGACGACGUGCAUGCGCGUGUAUGUGCAU